AUGGAUGAGGGAUACACAAAAUAUGGAAUAAGGGAGACAGAGAGCGGCAGAUGGAAUCUUAUAUCCAUCUCAGAGGGAAAGAACCCUUAUGAGACAGUGAGGCCAUGGAGCGAGAAACAAGGAGGAUUCAGGGCUUGUACAUUUGUUUUUGUGUUGGGGGUCUUGGAGAACAUAGGAUUCGUUGCCAACAUGUCUGUUAUGGUUCUCUACUUCAAGUUGGUGAUGCACUUCGAUCUGUCAACUUCUGCAAAUACUUUAACUAACUUCUUGGGUUCAACUUUCUUGCUCACAAUUUUGGGAGGUUUCAUCUCAGACACUUACUUGAACAGACUCUACACAUGCUUAGCCUUUGGAUUCCUGGAAGUAGUGGCAUUGCUGAUGAUUACAAUCCAAGCCUAUUCUAAUAAGUUGCAUCCAGAUCCUUGUGGCAAGUCUACUUGUGUCAAAGGUGGUGAAGCUGUCAUGUUCUACACCUUAAUCUGUUUGUUAGCAUUGGGUGCUGGUGGACUCAAGGGUUCUAUUGCAGCACUUGGUGCUGAUCAGUUUGAUCAGAAGGAUCCAAAGGGAGCUAAGGGUCUUGCAAGUUAUUUCAAUUACUAUCAAAUGAGUGUCACCAUUGGAUUCAUCAUUGGAGUUACAGGUGUUGUUUGGGUUAGCAUGAACAAAGAUUGGUACUGGGGUUUUUUCAUUGGUUUAGUGGUUGCAGUUGUUGGUUUUGUGGUUCUUGCCCUUGGAAAGCCUUUUUACCACUUUCAGCCACUUGCAAGCAGCCCUAUUGUUAAGAUAUCACAGGUCAUUGUGGUUGCCAUCCGAAACAGAAACCUGUCACUAUCACAAAACCCUGAUGAAUUAUACGAGAUUGAGGCCAAAGAUAGAGACCUUUCAGAGAAAAAAUCUCACAUUCUGACCAAUUCAGCUACCCAUUCUAGCCAGUACAAUUAUAAUGAACACAUGAUUGGCACAAUUACAAACCUUCUCAGUCCUCCAAGGCUACUUCAUGGACCCCCAUAUAGGCUCUUUGAAAAUUCCCACAGCUUCAAUCCAGCAAUUCCCCUACUCUUCAUGUCAAUCCUCCUCCCAAUCUACGAGUUCUUCAUCGUCCCGGUCGCUAGGAAAAUCACUGGUCACCCCUCCGGCAUCACGCAGCUUCAACGUUCCGGAGUAGGACUAGUUAUCUCAGUUGUUUCAAUGGGUAUUGCCGAAAUAAUCGAGUAUGGCAUUUUUGGGAUAGCAGACAUGUUCGCCAUGGUUGGAUUGAUGGAGUUUUUCUACAAGGACGCUCCCUCUGGGAUGAGAUCUCUGACUACUUCUUUCGCUUUAAUAUCUCUCUCUUUUGGGUACUUCUUGAGUUCUGCAUUUGUGAAUAUCAUCAAUGCUAUUACCAAGCAGAUUACUCAAAGUAAAAAAGGGUGGCUUCAUGGGGAGGACUUGAACCAUUAUAAUCUGAAUCUGUUUUAUUGGUUUUUAGCUGUUCUUAAUCUCCUCAACUUUGGAAACUAUCUCUAUUUGGCUUCAUGGUACAAGUAUAAAUCUGAUACUAAAGAACUCCAAACCGAUUAG